AAUGUUCUAUACAUGACCUUGAGGGCGAGGCUGAAAGAGGCUGCAUGGGAGAACACAGGUGGAGGGCGUGAUAAGUAAAGGGGUGUGGAGGCAAUGUAAGCACAGAAGGAAGCGCAGACGUUAAUUGAUUCCCAUCGAUGUUGUCAGUAACAAUGAAGCUACCGGUGACCGCGACAGUGGCGUUGGUGGUGGUGACGGCGACAAUGGCAGCGGCGAGGGUGGGCACGGUGCAGGAGGAUCGGCCGCUGGUAGAGGUGAAUGAGGGGCUGAUCCGGGGCCUCACCACAACACUCUACAAUAUCACCUACUUGGAGUUCCUCGGGAUCCCCUAUGCCACCCCGCCCACCGGCCCUCUCAGAUUCAAGAACCCAGUCCCUGCCGCGCCGUGGGAGGGGGAGUUUGACGCCUCCACCCUGCCGCCCUGUGACCAGCUCGUCUUGAUGGGUAGGGAGGAUUGUCUCUACCUCAACGUAUACACUCCGCCGGACGCCCUUGAGACUGACAACCCGCUGCCCGUCAUGGUCUACAUUCACGGCGGCGCUUACUACAUCGGGGGCUCCUACAGAAACCACGGCUUCCAGGAGUUUGUGUCUCGUGGCGCGGUGGUGGUCUUGAUGCAGUACCGCCUUGGACUGUUUGGGUUCUUAUCCACGGAGGACGAGGCAGCCCCAGGGAAUCAAGGCCUCAAGGACCAGACACUCGCACUCCGCUGGAUAAAGGACAACAUCGCUAACUUUGGAGGCGACGAGACCAGAAUCACAAUCAUCGGAUCCAGCGCAGGCUCCACCUCCGUCCACUACCAGAUGCUGGCCCCUUCCGCGGCAGGGCUGUUCACGGGUGCCAUCAUGGAGAGUGGCACCACGCUGAGUCCAUGGGCGAAGGGGCGAGACUUCCUGGCCACAGCUCAGGCCGUCGCCGAGAGAUUUGAUUGCCCCACACUGCCCACUGACGACCUGGUGGCUUGCCUGCAGACGGUGGGGGCUCACCUUCUGGACAUGUCUUACUUCACUCUCUAUGAAUGGAACCUGCAGCCAUUCUACAUUGGGCCACGUGUGGAUGGUGACUACCUGCCUGAGGAACCUGCCUUGCUGCUAAAGAAGAGCAAUUACAACCACGUGCCUACCAUCAUGGGGGUCAAUAGAAAUGAGAUGGCCAUGGAGACUGUUGAGAUGUAUUCAGUCCCCAGCCUUAUCAACAGUCUUCUGGGGCACUUCAACACCAGUGGGCCAGCAAGCCUCCACCUCUACCCUGAUGAGGAGCCAGCCACUACUGCCACCACCACCUACAACUACUACCUUGGUGGUAUUCAUAUCACAAAGGACGAUGCCAACAACCUCACUCAGAUGUUCACCGACUGCCUGUUCCACAUCCCUCAUGACUGGACUACACAGUUGAUGAGCACUACUGACCUACUGUUCACCUAUGAGCUGGACCACCGCGGGGAACAUGGCUUUACUAAUGACUUCCUUGAUGUUGGGCUCGACUUGCCACAAGCCAGAAACUACAUUUCCCAUGGAGACAACAACCAGUAUCUUAUGUACCCAAAAUACGCCAACCUACACACAGCAGAGGACAAGACGGUGGGCAACAUCUUCACCUCAAUGUGGAUCAACUUUGCUAGCACUGGGAACCCAACACCUGAUGACUCCCUUGGCUUCACGUGGGAGAUAACAGACCCAACAAACAUGCAGCACCUCAAGAUCCUGCCACAGCCAUACAUGGAAGCAGAUAAGAGGACACAGACGAGAGCCUUCUGGGAAUCACUGCCUCUUAGAAUUAACAGCCUCCUUCAUCAUUAAAUGUAUUCCUACUGUCAAUACCUUAGAUGUUAACACUAGCCUAAUUGAAUAAACAAUUUCACCGAC